GUUCCGCGGUGUGUAACCCGGAAGCGCUCGGGCGCCUGGCCUAGGCCCUGGCGCGGGAUGGCGGAUUAUGAGAGUGUCCAGCGCGCGCCGCUGCGGCUGAAGGGGAGCGGUGCGGCCCCGGCGCUUGGGAAGCGGAAGAAGAAGAAGGCGGCUAAGGACAAAAGCAAAAUCCUGGAGCAGAUCGUGAGCAGUAAGAAGCAAGAGGAGGAGAAGAAGCGGGCUCUGGACAAGCGGACCCCUGCACAGCUUGCCUAUGAGAAGAUGCAAGAGAAAAGGCAAAUGGAAAGAAUACUGAAGAAAGCCUCCAAAACACACAAACAAAGAGUUGAAGAUUUCAACAGACACUUGGAUGCUCUGACUGAACAUUAUGACAUUCCCAAAGUUAGCUGGACUAAGUGAAUGUCUUCCCUUCCACAGUUUUGGAUUCUGAGUAGGCUUUUUAUUUAAAGGAAAUGACUGUGCAAAUCUCUGCUCUCUGAGUUGGAUAUUUUAUUAAUGUUAUAUAAACACUUGCAUCCUGACACUUUUUCAUUGUUCAUUUAAAACUAUGUUCAUAGCACAGCCAUCUUCUUGAACUACUAGUUAAGGCCCUGAGCCUCCACUCAGGUGCAAGGAUAUGGAUCCUUUGCAGAGCUCUCUGCAGGAUCAGGGCCAAAGGUAGCUCAUGCUUAUUGGAGAAAUUUAUCUAGUAAUUGUUCUAACAUUAUCUGGUAGAUAACCUCUUCUCUUUUUUCCUUUGAAAGGAGAACUUUGACAGUGUCCUACAUAAUAAACUUCAUUUAUGAAUUCAA